UUUUGUGAAGCCCGGUCAUUCGAAUAGAGCUUCUUCCCCGGAAAAGAAGAUUAAAAGAAAAACAAAUAUUAAGUAUACCAGUCGAUCGCUAACCAGUUAUUAACCGAAAGGAAAGGAAAUCUUAUCAUAUGUCCGCUAUCCAGAACCUCCAAACUUUCGACCCCUUUGCUGAUGCAACUAAGGGUAAUGACAGGCUCCCAUCUGGGACUGACGACUACAUCCACAUAAGAAUCCAGCAGCGUAACGGCAGGAAGACUCUGACCACGGUCCAGGGCAUAGCCAUCGACUAUGAUAAGAAGAAGCUAGUCAAGGCCUUUAAGAAGAAAUUUGCCUGCAAUGGGACAGUGAUUGAGCACCCAGAGUAUGGUGAAGUGAUUCAGCUGCAAGGUGACCAGCGCAAGAAUAUCUGCACAUUUCUAAUUGAGAUUGGCCUUGCGAAAGAGGAGCAGCUCAAGGUCCACGGAUUCUAGGAGCUCUCAGCAGCCUCCUCUUCCCUGGUCCUGAUACUUUGGGCCAUCACUCUGUCAUGCUGAUUGAGUUAGAAUAACAGACUGGA